AUGUCCCGACCGCUAUUUACCCAUAUAGCGACGACAUUGGCGGACCGGUUCGAGUGCUUCACGCUCCGGAGUGAUUGCACCGGCCGGAUCGGUCUGUCUACUUUGCAGAAAUGCACCUCUGCAAUUAGGCAGCUUGUCUAUGCCGGACCAGCUGAUAUGUUCGACGAAUACCUACAGAUGGGUGAGACGACUAGUCUAAAUGUGCUCCGGCAGUUUUGUAAGGGCAUUCGGCAAGUCUUUGGUCCGGAGUUCCUACGAAAGCCAACCCCUGAUGAGUGCCAGAGACUGCUAGAUAUGCACGGUGCGGUGCACAGUUUCCCAGGGAUGAUGGGCAGCAUUGAUUGCAUGCAUUGGGAGUGGAAAAACUGCCCGGUGGCGUGGAAAGGCCAGUUCACUACCGGUUUCAAGCAGAAACAUCCGUCGAUGAUCCUCGAAGCCGUUGCUGACUACCGUUUGCGGAUCUGGCAUGCAUAUUUUGGUGUUGCAGGUUCGAACAACGACAUCAACGUUCUGCAGUCGUCGCCUAUCUUCAAUGAUGAGUGCCGGGGAGAGACACUUCGGCAACCGGCUGGAGCGAAGAGACAAUAUUUUGCGCGCAAACAAGAGGCCGCUAGGAAAGAUGUUGAGCGAGCUUUUGGUGUGCUCCAAGCGCGAUGGGCCAUUCUACGCUGCCCGGCACGAGUGUGGCACGAAGAUGAUGUCGCGGAUAUCAUGGUAGCGUGUAUCAUAUUGCACAAUAUGAUAAUAGAAGAUGAAGGAUUUGCUGCAGAACGUUGGGCGCCGGAAGAUGGUGCAAGUACAAGUCACGGUGUUGCCUCCGCGCCGAUACAGAUGGGUGUACCACGUAGUAAUGAAUAUCUGAUCCAACGUUUCGCUGAUAUACGCAGGAGCACAGCACAUGACCAACUCCAGGUCGAUUUGAUUGAAGAGAUCUGGGCACGUAGGGGAGGCGGCGUAGCAUGA